CCUCCCAGCCUGCCAACCUCCUACCACUGACCACGCCUCCAGCUCGUGGUUCUGCCAGCACGCACCGCCUAGCUCCCCUCUGCUCGUACCAUCUGUGCCUUCCAAGCGCCGUGCGGCCCGGCUACUCGUCUCUCCCUCUCUCCUGCGUCUUCCUUCCUCAUCGCUAUAGACUGCACUGCACGCAUGCAUGGCACCCAAAGAGUGGACGGGAUUGCUUGCCCGCGCUGCUUGCCGUGGACAUGGCUCGAUUCAAUGCCCGCCUGCCAGUCGCCUAUACUCGCUCGCCUGCAGGAGUCCGGCACGCAGCUCGCCCUAGGCCUCACGUGCGACUCGCCACCCUGCACU